UAUCUGCUGGUGAAAGUUCCCGAUGUGGCAACCCGACUGGCACCGCACUGCUCCGUUUUUGUCGUGUGACCCGGAGAAACGUCGCUCGGCUGUGCGGGAGAUGGACUGAGUGAGGGAGGGCGCUCUUCCCACCACUGCUGUCUAUAGCAUCGAAAUACCUACCAGCUAGCCUCCAAUUGACGAUUUCAGGUGCGACCGAAGAGAUUCUCAGCCCUAUCAGACUCUCAAAUAUUCAUCCAAGAGCCAUCCAGGAGGGGAUAACCGUCAUGAAAAGAUGCGAGACCACACAGAUGUCACUCCUCCCUGCAAAGUGCUUCGGAGGUCUGACAGCCCAGAAAACAAACACAGUGACAGCACAGGGCACACCAAAGCAAAGGCUGCCCAUGCACAAAGGGCCAGAGAUCGUGACGGAGGGACCAGUUAUUCGCCACAUGAAAAUUCUCACAACCACAGUACCCUUCAAAGCUCCAACUCCCAUUCAAACCCCAGCAAAACCUCAGACACAACUCAUGACCCAGGUGAUGACUGGUCAGAGCACAUCAGCUCAUCUGGAAAGAAAUACUAUUACAACUGCCGAACAGAGGUGUCCCAGUGGGAGAAACCCAAAGAGUGGCUUGAGAGAGAACAGCGGCAAAAAGAGGGAACAAAACAGACUGCAGUUGUCAACAGUUUCCCCAAGGACAGGGACUAUCGAAGGGAGGCUAUGCAGACAUCAGUGCCCCCUGGGUUUUCAGCAACAAAGUCUACUCAGGCGGAGAAGCCCACGACGACGCCAGCGACGCAGUCUUCUUCUUCUGGCUCAGGCAGCUUGAACCCUUCAUCAGGCACCCCAGGGACAUCAUCCUCUUCCACAGUCCCUGUCUCCCCAGUCCUACAGUCCCCCGCACCUCCCCUCCUCCAAGAUCCUACUUUGUUACGGCAACUUCUUCCUGCCCUCCAGACUGCCCUGCAGCUCAAUCAUGCCAGCGUGGAUAUGGCAAAAAUUAAUGAAGUUUUGACAGCUGCCGUCACACAAGCUUCAUUACAGUCAAUGCUGCAUAAGAUUCUUACUGCUGGACCAUCAGCUUUCAAUAUUACUACUAUUCUGUCUCAAGCAGCUCAACUCUCCAGCCACGCAGCUCAGCAGUCAAACCAGUCACCAAUGUCGUUAACGUCAGAUGCAUCAUCACCCAGAUCUUAUGUUUCUCCCCGUAUCAGCACACCACAAACCAAUGCUGGUCCCCUCAAGCCCCUACUCAGCACACAGUCGGUCAUCUCACUAUCAAAGGUGAGCACACUAGCAGUCAAGCAGUCAUCUCAUCCUCAGCAGACAUCCCAGCAGCCCCUUCCCAGUGAUAAGCAGCACACUCAUGAUGCUACCACAGCAUCACCACGCACCCUCCAGCGCCAAAGCAGUCAGAGGAGUCCCUCUCCUGGUCCCAACCAUGUCGCACAUGGCAGCAGCAGCAACCCCCCUACAUCGGUCUCUGCCACGCCCACCUCCUCCGCAACCCGGCCGUCCUCAUCUUUCACACCCACCCUUGCUGCUCACUUCAACGAGAAUCUUAUCAAGCAUGUCCAAGGUUGGCCUGCUGAACACGCAGAGAAACAGGCAUCAAGAUUACGUGAAGAGGCUCACACGAUGGGUAGCAUCUGCAUGUCUGAGAACUGCACUGAGCUUAAAAACCUGCGUUCCUUGGUCCGAGUCAGUGAAAUACAAGCCACAUUGCGCGAGCAAAGGAUACUGUUUCUAAGACAGCAAAUCAAAGAACUUGAAAAGCUGAAGAACCAGAAUUCUUUCAUGGUCUGAGAACUUCUUGUCACAAGUCGAAGCGGGCGUCCAAGGAGGGUUAAAAAAAAAAGGGGGGGGUAUAGGAGGAGGGAGACCCAUUGCACAUAGCUGGAAACCCAGAGACAGAGCGGUUUUUUUAGUUCUCAAGGCUCAUCUUAACACAUGCACACAGGAGCUGUUGUUGGUUUAUCUUUGGAACGUUUGGGCGGCGAAGAACCAAGAGAAAAGAGGAAUGGAAGAGCUGGUUGGAGAGGAGGGGUAAUUUACAAGUCUGCUUUAUUAGAAAAAGAAAAAUGAAAAAAUGUAGAUUUCCUGUAGAUGUUAUCUGUUGUAAAUAUGUUUUGUAGAACGAAGCCAUGGAAAGCCAUGUCUAUCAAAGCUUUUGACAUCCAAACUAAUCAGCGCCUUGGCGGCUACAUUCUUUAGCUAGCCUUUCCUUCAUGUUAACCCGUCUGCAGCUUCCUGUUAUCGGUUACUAGAUCACACAAAAUUUUGAGUCAUUAAUUUACACCGAGGCCUAGCGAUACAGAGGAACACUGUUUUCUUUCCUCCUCAACCCUCGAUGAACUGAUGACUCUUCCCUCCUCUGCCCUCUUGGAGUGAAGUCCACUCAGGCAUGGUGAAACAUCUCCUUCCAGCAAAGUUCAACACAGUUGCUCCUAAUAGUUGGGUGGUGUAUUUGCAGAUUUUUGGUGGCCCUGCAUCUCCCAGUCUCGACAAAAUAGUGCCUGGUGGUUUGGUUGUGUGUGAGUCUGGGGGGGGGAGAAAGAAAAGUUGGGAUGUUGCUUUGAAUCAUUCCCACACCUCUUGACUGGCGUCAGCUUGGUCCUGCCAUGUCCUCCCACGUUCCAUUGUUUUGUUUUUGUUUUUUAAAUGUGUUCCCUUUCAAGAUGCGGGUUCAUUCCAUUGUACAGUCAAAGUGGACACCAUUUAAAGGGUUUAUUUAUAGAGUUGAGGAGAGCUGCACUUUGAUUUGCACUCGGUGUGGGAAGGGACAAGAAGCAAACGGGCAGGUUUGGACAGGUGUGUGUGGUGUCACAAGGUUAAAAUGUGAAUUAUGUAAGAUAGUAAACGUUAAGCUCAAGAGAACCCUGAUUAUUUUAUUGAAGUGUUGGCUUUGGUUUGAUAUGAUGCUAGUGCCUUGUUGAAAGUCUCAUUCACCUACACACCCCUCUCCUGUUGGCUUUCGUUGACCUUCUGUUUGAUGAAAUAAAAUGUACAAAAAUAAAACAAAAUCUUCAAAAAGCAUGUCCCAUCCUUAUUGUUUGCCCUCCAUCUUUGAAUCACAGGGUCCCUAAGAUGUUUUUUUCCCUACCAUGCAGUCAUCUUCAAGGCUAAAAAAAUCGACUCCACCACACGUUCAAUAAAAGUGACCACACCCUUGCUUUGUAUAUUGUUUCCUGAAGUACUGUAUAUGACAGAUGUAAUAAAAUUGCUCUCCAGGGU